AUACUGUAGUUAAUUAGAGAGAGAAACAGAGAGAAAGAGUGAGAGAGGCAUAACCACCAGCAACAACAACAUCAUAACAACGCGUUGUAGAGAGAGAGAGAGAGAGAUUCCAGAUGCUUUGGCAAUGGGGAAAAUUGGAAAAGAUGAAGAACAUGUGCAACAAGAAGAACAGAGGCAAGACGAUGAAGGUGCACGGUGUUCGGUCAUUCGAAGAGCUUUCAGUUUCAAGUGUUUAUUCAUUCUCUUUUUCAGUUUAGCGGCUUUCGUUUCUGUAAUCUUUUGGAUUAUUCCUAAACACAAUUUCGAAGCUAGUUUUGUUGCUAAUGAUGUAAUUAAGCAUAGAGCUCAUGUUCAAGCAUCCUUCAGGCUGGAAAAACCAGUUUCACAGCUUAUUCCAUACAUUGAAAGAUUAGAAGAUGAAAUAUUUGACGAAAUAUCUCUGCCAAACACGAAGGUGGCUAUCCUAUCCAUCCACCAAAGUGUUGCACCUAAUUGGUCUGACGUGGUAUUCGGUGUCCUCUCUGAUCCAAUGAACAUUCCAAUAAAUCCAGUGUACUUGAGUGUGCUGAAGUCAUCACUAAUUGACCUGUUUCUCCAGCAAACCAACCUGACUUUAACAACAUCAGUAUUUGGGAAUGCAUCUUUGUUUGAGAUCUUAAAGUUUCCUGGUGGGUUGACUGUAAUACCAGUGCAGUCUGUUUCUAUGUGGCAGAUCCGCGAGGUUCUGUUUAAUUUUACUCUUCAUCAUUCCAUAUCUGAAGUCCUGGAUAAGUUUGAUGAUUUUGAGGAAGAAUUGAAGUUUGGAUUGCAUCUGAAGUCUGAUGAGAAUGUGUAUGUGCAAAUAACAAAUGCACGCGGCUCAACAGUAGCUUGUCCUGCAGUAGUGCAGGCUUCAGUAAUGCGAGGGUUUGAGAGUCUUUUGCCACAAAGAUUGAAACAAAUAGCUCAAACAGUAAAACACACUGCUGGAAACAAUCUUGGCCUUAAUAACGUAGUUUUCGGCCAAGUCAGAGAAAUCAGGUUAUCUUCUUUACUGAAGGAUACGCUACAUGCUUACCCACCAGCUCCUGCUCCAUCCCCACAGUUAACUGAUCACUCUGAGCCAUUAAUUUCACCAUAUCAUGCUCCCUCUUAUUCUCCUAUAUCCCCAGCAACUGCUAAGACACCUUGUUUUGACCGUGAAGUAUCCUCACCUUCACCGUCCAUUGUGACUGAGCAUCCUCCAGCUUAUUCUCCUGCUGCUUCCCCUAUAUCAUAUACUUCCAGCCACACAACUCAGGUUUCUCCUGAUCUGCCACGUGCAGCCGAUGUUUCUCAUGGAGUCAAGCUUCGCCAAGACGAGGAGAGAUCCAAAAAAUUGGCUUCUCAGUUACUUAGUCCAUCCUCUCCAUCUUCAGCAGGCGGUGAUUUCCACGGAGAAAUCUUGCUAAUGGGAUUUUGUAUGCUAUCAGUAUCUCUUCUUUUUCUCUGAUAUUACAUUUCAAUGAUAUAAAGACGUUGCCUAAUGAAGGAUCCACAAGCCAUGCAAGGACUAUAGCUUAAUGAUGCUUCAAAAGUUUUGCGCAGACAAAGGAAGAAGCUUCCGACAAAUUUUAAUUAAUGUCUAUAUUUUCAUACUGGCAUGCAACCACAUUGUAAAGCGUUGGUGGGUUAAGGUCAAAGCCAGAAAGUUGGCAGGCCUCUCAUUUAGAACUAUAUUAUCCUAUAUGAAGCUUUAAAUUGAUCCCAAAGGGGUCAACUAACAAACAGCAUGAUCCGAAGCAAAAUCAGGUUUAGAUGUCAAAAGAACCAUUCUUUGUAUUUGAUCAAGUGUAAAAAUUUCAAUUAAUGGGUUCUUUGAGCAUCUGAAUCUGUAAGACAUCUGCGGUAAUAUCCAACAAAGAGAUUAGUUUUUUCACACUC